UCGUGCAAGCCUGAGUAGUAAGGUAAAUCAACUCGCGGUCUCGUUGAUAUCAUGUCCGGAUAUCCCGAGAUGUUACCGGUGUUGUGCAUAGAAAUUGUACACGUGCUCUCCUAACAACUGCUUCGACAUCCUUUCUUGCAGAGAGCAGCUGCCAUAAAAUCCUCAAGACCGCAUUGAAGACCAAAUACAACAUGGACGACGAUGGCCAGGUGACGCGUCAUUGCAUGGACUUCAGGGUCAACACAGAAAGACUACGGACCAAGAUAAAUUUUUUCCUUCUUUAUUCAGUGGGAGCCAUCAUUCUUCCAACACUGCCGGUCUUCGGGCGACAGCUUGGCCUAAACGCCGCUUCCGUCACCAUGGUGCUGACAGUGGUGCCUUUCGUCAUAUUUGUUGCCAGACCAGUGGUUGGUGGCAUCGCGGACAGGCUGCAGAAACUAAGCUUCGUUCUUGCUAUCGUGCUGAUUAUCGAGAUGGUCGGCAUAAUCCUUUUAACCAUAGUACCUCCGAUAACUCACGCCAUUGAACCAAAUACUACCAUAUCCGUGGAACUCCAGUCUGACCGUGGCGUCGUCGUGGGCGCGUUUCGUGGAUCACCCAACACAUCGUGCGUGCUUCGCUUCUUAACGAAUACGUCUACUCACUGCCACAUAGCAUGCCCAUGUGCAACGCAAUUGAAUGCUUCUCUUCAUAGUAAUUAUUCUACGUGCGAGAAAGAGAUCUCACUUGAAGCCCGGUUUCAACCUUUGGACAAUGUUACGGCAGUGCCUAGUAGUUUUGUGUUGAGCUACAAUGACUCUGCGCUUAUUCCAGCAUCCGACAUUCCGUCCCUGGAAGUGACGGCCGUAACCUGCAGCGCAGCUUGUUCAGUGGACACCGGUGUGUGCUUUCCAAAAGACGUGAUAUCGGCAAAGAGCUCAGAUGUUGUGAUGAGCUAUCAGCUGUGCGCCUUCUUUGUUUUACUUUCCCUCGUGAGGGUGUGCGCUUCUAGCAGUUAUUCAUUGUCGGACGCAGCGUGCUUCGAAGUUCUUGGAGAGUGUCCUCAAGACUAUUGCAUGCAACGUAUGUGGGGAACAAUAGGGUGGGGCAUUAUGGCACCGCUAUGUGGUCUUCUCAUUGAUAUUGUAAACAAAGAUUCAGUUAGCACAGACUACACUGUCGGUUUUUACUUGGCUGCCGGCUUGCUCAUGCUGCAAGCGAUAGUCUGUUGGAAAUGGAAAUUGCAUAAGACCAAGUCUAACAGGAAUAUAUUAAAAAACGUUGGAUCUUUGGUGAGACGCCCGAAGAACUUUUGCUUCCUUUUGGAUAUUUUUGUGGUGGGAGCCUGUAGCAGUGUUCAUUGGUUCUUCAUGUACUGGUACUUGCAAGACCUUGGUGCUACGAAGCUGUUAAUGGGUCUUGCCCUGGCCACGCAAUCUUUCCUCGGAGACCUGCCUUUCAUGUUCCUAGCAAAAUGGAUGCUGAGCAAAAUGAAGAACAUUAACGUGAUUCGUCUCGCCUACGUGGGCUUCUUCUUGAAGUUCCUCGGUUACUCCUUCCUGACAAAUCCCUGGUGGGCCAUCGCUAUCGAACUGCUUCAAGGGCCUACGUAUGGCUCGUUCUACGUUGCAAUGACAUCGUAUGCGCAGAGCAUCUCGCCCCCUGGCACAGAAGCUACGUUUCAGAGUGUUGUCUCGAGUGUCUUCGAUUGUUUGGGUGUCGCUGCUGGGUCCUUUCUUGGCGGCAUGGGGUUUGCUUAUGUGGGUGGGAGGAAAACCUACUUUAUUGCCAGCAUCGUUCCUGUGGUGUGGCUCAUCUGUACUCUUGUAUGCGACUUUUUCAUCAACGAGUGCACGGCUUCUGACAAUAACCUGAGGGAAGAGAUCGAGCUGAACAGCCCGGCCAGCCAGCCCUUCAUUUCCAGCAAAGAAAGGGGACAUACUGGACAAGAACCUACUCAAGAAGCAUGAUAGUACUUAGAAGCAAAUGAAUAUGUAUUUUGUUAUGUUGUUGUUUAUCACUCAUCAUGGCACUCGCCCGUGGUGCUAAUGUUUUAGAAAUACAGUUAGUAACAAACU